AGACGGACGGUGGUGAUUGAAGAAGAGUUAUACCGUUCUUCGUUAGUGUGUCGCUUCUUCAUGACUGAUCCUGUUUUGCCGGCGCCAGUGACUGCUUCUGGUAAACCGAUAGGUCCUGGCUUCAGAUUUCAUCCAACAGAUGAAGAACUCAUCACGUAUUACUUGAAGAGGAAGGUUGAAGGCAAACCAAUGCGUUUCGAUGUGAUAAGAGAAGUCAAUAUUUACAAGCACGAGCCCUCUGACUUAGCAGAGCUUUCGAGGUUGAAGACAAAGGACCAAGAAUGGUACUUCUUCUGUCCUCUGGAGAAGAGGCAAAACAGCUCUACGGUUAUAAACCGAGCAACGAAGGAAGGCUACUGGAAGAAAACUGGAGAUGACAAGAAGAUCAAGCGAGAAGGAGACGAUGAGUUGAUCGGUGUGGUAAAGACCCUUGUGUAUCACAGAGGACGUUCUCCAAAGGGUAACCGAACCAACUGGGUCCUCUACGAGUAUCGCCUCGUUCAAAAUAAACUUGAGAUAGAUUCGUACGUGGUGUGCAGAGUGAUCCGCAAGGAACACUUCGGGCCAUCUACUGAAUGCAUAUAUGCACCCUUCUCCGAACAAGACUGGGAUGAUGGAAUCAACGAGAAGAUUCAGCAGGGAAAGAACCACAUUGAUGAAGAUCCCAACACAGUUGAUCAGGACGAUAAUAAUAGUGAGCCAAUGACGAGAGGAUGUCUUCCACUUACUACUCUCGUCCAAUACAAACGCAAGCGCCAACUAGACUCUUUUGGAAGCUACAACAACUCAAGCCAGACCGCUCAGGACGCUGUUUCUUCUGUUGCCGCCACGCUGGAGGAGAAUGAAGCAGAACCGGUGGUGCCUACAAGCUCCUCCACCGAGAUGAUCGACCAUCUGGAGAAGGAGAGACAGCAGAUGGCUGUGGCGAGAGAGACUUAUAACCUUGACCUGAUGAGUGCAGAAGUGAUGGUGAGUAUUCUUCAGGGGCAGGUUGAUGCAUUGCGUGCGGAAAACGAGGGGCUGAAGAAGACUAACAGCAACAAGGGAUAAUGCUCUUUGUACUUGUCAGCUGCGUGGACCUAUAGGGAACAUAUGUGAAUUUAUAAUUGUAAAAUAAAAAAAUUAGAUAGAAACAAGUAUUAGUGUUGAGGCAAGUAUCGAUCUGGCCAGUUUGUAUAGACAUUGAUGAUUGGCUCCAACCUUUAUUUUAAGUAUAGAAUAUAGAUUAGUUUAACAAAUAGUCACCUAACUAAUACUUUAAUAGCAUCAUAUGAAUCAAAUAUUCAUCAAACUUCAGGUUUUAGUUUUAACAAGCUAACCAAUAUAAGUGGAUGUAGACAUGAUCGGUCAAUCAACACACAAAGCUGGUCUAAAAGCCUGUUCUUGUCUAUCUUGUUCCUACUGCAUCUCACAACCCUUAUGCAAGAGACGUCAACAUUUACGUUUACUAAGUUAAUUCUAGAUUUUGCUUUGAUCCCCACUCUACAUUGUUACUCAAUCCUACUGCUUUAAGCAAUCAGAAUAAAAUAAAACCAUCACUAAAAUGUUGAUUAGAGAUUCACAAAAAAAUCAACCAUCCACAUGUAUACUGAAACUUUUCAAUAAUUUAAUAAGAGAUAAGGAAAAGCCAUGAACAGAGGUUUUGUAACACCAUUGUAAUCAUAAAUAACUUGAAAAUAAAAAUUGCUAGAAAAAAAAACAAAUAA